GCACCACCAGCCGCCGCAGCCACAUCAACACCAACACUGCAACUGCCAACACAGGGGGCAGCAGGUACCGCACCGACACUGCUGGCACGGCAGCCAGACUCAGAGCCAGCCCGGAGAGUACCAGGUGAACACUAGUGAUCUCCAACGACUGCACCAUGCUGGAUCCAAGAACAGCUUCAGCGAGAGCAACCCUUUCACCGAGAUAGCCAUGACCAGCUGCAAGUAUAACGGAGGGGUGGUCAGACCCCUGAGUAGCCUGGGCACCUCGCACAGAAACCUCCACGACCUGGACUCUGAGACCCAGCCCCUGCACACCAACUCCGGUCUGGAGGUGGUAGUCUCCAAACCCGACCAGAACCACGUGUCGAGCGACAGCUUGGUGAAAGAGGGCAGGGAAUUGCCCAAGAAGUCCCCGAACAUCGGGCACAAGCUCGGCCACCGACGAGCCCUGUUCGAGAAGAGGAAGAGGCUCAGCGAUUACGCACUGAUAUUUGGGAUGUUCGGGAUUGUUGUCAUGGUGACAGAGACGGAAUUGUCCUGGGGAGUUUACACUAAGGCUUCUCUGUACUCCCUCGCACUCAAAUGCCUUAUCAGCCUCUCCACUGUAAUAUUACUGGGUCUCAUUAUUGUCUAUCAUGCUCGUGAGAUUCAGCUGUUCAUGGUGGACAACGGAGCAGAUGACUGGAGAAUAGCCAUGACCUACGAGAGGAUAUUCUUCAUCUGUUUGGAGCUGCUGGUGUGUGCGAUCCACCCCAUCCCCGGACAGUACAUCUUCACAUGGACCGCCCGCCUGGCCUUCAGCUACACCACGUCAAUGGCCAACGCAGACGUGGACAUCAUACUCUCCAUCCCCAUGUUCCUGCGCCUCUAUCUCAUUGCCCGGGUCAUGUUGCUUCACAGUAAGCUCUUUACCGACGCCUCGUCCAGAAGCAUCGGGGCGCUCAACAAGAUCAACUUCAACACCCGCUUUGUUAUGAAAACUCUGAUGACCAUUUGCCCGGGGACAGUGCUCCUGGUCUUCAGCAUCUCCUCCUGGAUUAUAGCUGCCUGGACCGUACGCGUGUGUGAAAGGUACCAUGACAAACAGGAGGUCACCAGCAACUUUUUGGGAGCAAUGUGGCUCAUUUCAAUCACAUUUUUGUCGAUUGGAUAUGGAGACAUGGUGCCCCACACAUACUGCGGGAAGGGAGUCUGCCUUCUAACGGGCAUUAUGGGAGCGGGCUGCACAGCACUGGUGGUGGCAGUAGUUGCACGCAAACUAGAACUCACCAAAGCAGAGAAGCACGUGCACAACUUCAUGAUGGACACACAGCUAACAAAGCGGGUAAAAAACACAGCUGCCAAUGUUCUCAGGGAAACAUGGCUGAUUUACAAACACACCAAACUGGUGAAGAAGAUCGAUCACGCCAAAGUACGCAAACACCAGCGGAAGUUUCUACAAGCCAUUCACCAAGGUCAGAAAUUAAGAGGUGUUAAAAUGGAGCAGAGAAAGGUGAAUGACCAAGCAAACACACUGGUGGAUCUGGCCAAGAUACAGAACGUGAUGUACGACAUCCUAUCGGAGCUGCAGGAGAAGAACGAGGAGCUGGAGAAGCGGAUCGUGGCACUGGAGGGCAAACUGGACUCACUGACGGCCAGCUUGCAGGCUCUUCCCGCCCUCAUCACCCAGGCCGUGGGCAAGCAGCAGCGGGAAUUCUUUGAGACUCACUCGCACAGGUUCAAGUCGGUGGCCUACAGCUCGGAGAGGUCGUGGACACCGACACGCCGACGGCGGUCCCCAUCCACAGCGCCCCAUACAUCUUCCGACAGCAGCUAGAAGCUCCUGGAAGUGAAUGAUCUGAUCUCAAUUGGCCAUUGUAUGGCUUCCAAUGUUAGCUUUUAUCUAUAAAGCCAUCUCUAUUUAUAAGUUUGGUUUUAGGACACCAGAGUGAUGCUGCGUAUUACCGUUAAUAUUUAAAAGGGUAAAGCAGCCCCCAAGGCUUGUGCCAAGGGUUUUGGGCCAGAAUAUAUAUAUAUAGGUUGAAGCCAUCUCCCUUAAGAGCCUUCGUUGACUCCCCCCUCCCCUUUCCCCCUUCCCAUUCCCACCCACCAACACACACAUACAGCCGUUAUGUCCGACCAGCAAUAUAACCCAUCAGCUCAGGGUCUACCCUUGCUGUUCAUCCCAGUACCAUUGCCCAGCCUAGCACGAGAUUUUUACUUUAAGGACCCUCGACUGUGAAUCAUUGGGAUUGAGGGGACAAGGGCUGUUCAUAGCAAAAGGAUUUGAGU